UACCUGUUUGGUUUUGUAAUUGUAAGUAAUUUAUAUAUUUGAAGCAUACUUUGAAGUAUGAGUCAGGAUUGAUAAACAGUUUUUUAUUCAAAAUAAGGUAUAUAUGUUAUAGAUAAUUUUCACUGUCUCUCCUAUAAUUUGAAGGUGUUAAAUCGCCAAUGGAACAUCUUUUUGGGAACGCUUAACAAAACCACGAACGCAAUUACAUUCAACUUGUGACGUGGCGACUAUGCCAGGUGUUUCAAAUCGGUUCAGCUGUCUCACUUCAUUCACACUCUUUCGUAUUUUGGAUCAGAGAUGGAUGGGGCUGAGGGUAGUAGUGAUGGUUCUUUAGACGAAACUACAGGUUUAAAUCGAAGCAAUUCUUCAAACGAAACACCGGAGUCUAAAAUAGAAAUGGCAAAUAAUUAUAAAUCACAUUUUGUUGGAAGGAACAACUAUUUUACGGAAUUAAACAAUGCUUGGAGUGAAAACAAAGCAUUCGGAAUAUACGGACUCAGAGCAGUAGGAAAGUCAAGUUACCUGAAGCAUUUUCUAAAGUUCAAAGGAGUUUCAGCUCAUUGUGUUGAUUUAGCAACAGUAAAAACUGUAAGUGUUUUGUACACAUCAAUCUGCGCAGCUUUUAGUGAAAGACCGGAAAAAAGCGUCACUAAAAGACCGGAAAAAAGCGCAGUGGAUUGCAACAAUUAUGCGUGGAUAGAACAUGUCAUUGAGACAGUGCAAGAAACACCAGAGGAAGUGACUAUUGUGUUUGACAAUGCUGAAGAUGUAAUUGAAGGCCAUUUCAACACGGCAUUUCUGCAGCUAUGCACUGAGUUGAUAGACCAGACUAAUAUCAAAAUAGUCAUUACAUCAACUACAAAGAUUCUAUUUCCAAGACACAGUAACAUUUACUUUAUACAAAAACUCCUUCCUCUCACACCACUGGAGUCCAAAACUCUCUUCUCAAUCGCUGCUCCAGAUGUUGACUUAGGUACCAACGCAGAUGCUAUUGUAGAAUUAAGCGAGGGGUUACCGCUUCUAAUACUUUUGAUUGCGUCGGAACUAGAGGCAGAUGAUGGGAAUAUUACACCGGAUGAAAUGGUGGGGUUGUUGCUUGAAUGCCGUCUACAGACCAUUAGCAAUAGUCAAACGUAUCCGGGAGUUGAUGUUUUGUACAGAUCUUUCAUUCUCCGACUGCAAGAAGUACACAGAGAUAACCUGGUGACAUUAGAUUACAUCCCUGGGUCAUUUACAUCGCGACAAGCCACAGAACUUCUUGAUGUUGGCACGGAGGCGAUGACAAAACAGUUUGCAUUGAAGCCAAUACGUGACCGACAUAUGCUUCGCGAUGAGUCGGAUUCCCGAAGAUUCAACAUACAAGGGAUACUGCGAGAGGUCAUAAGAGCAAACUUUGCUAUCAAAAAUAUGGCAGAGAUCAAGUCAAGAUACAGUCGACUAUACAGUAGAGUUAUCACAGACAUCGCUCAAAAGAUGGGCACAGCAGAAUACACGAAAGCUAUAGCAGAAUUUUCAGUUGAACAACCAAAUCUUCGAAAGCUGUUAAGGGAAGUUCACGAUACGAAACAGGACGACUAUCACUUCUUUAUAGAAAUGGCAUCCUGCUGUACUGAAGUCAUCGAGAAAUAUAUGGCAGACCAGAGCGAUUCGUUUUAUGGAGGCUGUUUGGAACUAGCACACAAAUACGGAAAGGACAAAGACAAGGUUUCCGUUUACAUUGCUGUUGGAAGUGUCGAAACACUUACUAAAGGAAACUUACAAGUUGGCGAGAAGAACUACUUGAAAGCAUUAAAUGUACUCAAAAAGCAUCAAGACAAAACUCAACUGGCCGUCGUGUACAAAAAAAUGGGAUGGAACGCUUUUAAGCAAGGAUUGUGCACCCAAGCAGUAGAGUUUUGCCAAAAGUCGCUAGGUAUUUACCAGCUAGAUACAGAUGAAUACGAGGUCAUUACUUUGGAAAACCUCAGCAUCAUGGCGCUAGCAUGCAAUGUUUUAGGCGAGUUCGACUCGGCCGAGAAAUACCACAAGUUUUGCCUAAUGCGACGUGAACGACGUUUCGGUCCAAAAAGUGCUGUAGUGGGGAAAACUCUGAACAACAUGGGACUCCUGUUUGCAAGAAGAGGAAACCACCAAAAAGCCUUCGAAUUCUACAUGAGAGGAUUGAAAAUGAAAAGGGAAAGCCAUUCUGACGCACUAUCAAUUGUUUAUUCUCUUAGCAACGUUGCCGAUUGCUUAAGUAACAUGGGGAAAUAUGACGAAGCACACGAGCACUUAGAUGAAGCUUAUGACAUCCUUAGUAAGGAAAGAGUACCAAUGCUAGACGGAUUGUCAUUGAUCCACCAUACGAAGGGCAAAGUAUUUGCAAACGAAGACAGAUUAAAAGAGGCAUGCAAUGCAUUUUCUGAAUCGGUGAAAAUUUCGCGAAUGUCGGAACUGAAAGGUUUUGUCUGGAUGGAACGAUUAAUUGAUCUUGCACGAUCACAGCGGCGAAGGACACAGUAUAAAGAUUGUAUUGACACUUUAACAGAAGCUUUAAGUUUUCAAGAGGAAAUAUCCAAAUCGAUGGAGCAUUCCUUUGACAUUAUCAAAUGCUUUAACUGUUUGAGUGAGGUGUACAGGGAGACUGGAGAUCAGACUAGUUAUGUUCGCACAUUAUACUCGAUGGAGAAAGAGUGUUUUCGAUUAGAACAAGUCUGUAAAAAGUAUGGAAACAAUGUUUGGACAGAAGAGGUGCAAAGAUAUCUAGACAACACACAAACCGAAAUAAGACGUCUUGAUGCAAGUGCUGAACACACUGGCUAAGCCAUCGAAGGGAAAUUAAAACGUCAAUUGAAAUUAUUUACUCUUAAGGAUCGUUCAAACAUAUAAGUACUGUUCACAUUCAUCGAUAUAUUUUGAACAUACAAUUAUGUUGCCAUAGUCAAUUUGUAUAAUUUUAUUGCAAGAGGUUUAAUUCGUUUUUGUAUUGUGUUGAUUAUGAUCAAGAAAACUUAAGAUGUUAUUUUUAACCUACCAUUGUCCUUAGAAUGAAACUUUUGAAGAAAGUUAGUUCAUUGAACAUUUAUAACUUUUUCUACAUUAUUUCCAAAAAUUAAUUUUCUCCAAGGCAGAACUAGAAAUAACAGUUGUGCUAUAGAUGCCCGAUUCUUAACAUACGACUUCGAUGGAAAACUAAGUUGUACUAAGUGUAAUAAAACUGGUGACGAAUUUA